UUCUCCUGUGACGAGAGAGCGAGGGCUCGCCUGCCAGACACCAUUGUUCUGCGAGUAACGGAGCCAGCGAGUGCAGAAACCCAUUUAUCGUCCCAUUUCUCCCCGCAAAGCACGCGAAGAGAGCGUAUAGGGACAGUUGAGGGGCGUCCGGUUCUAAUAACUCGUCACGUGAAUCGCCCUUCUCUAUCGAUGUUAGCGGCGUCGGCCUUGGACAGUGGCCUUCGGACGGUCUUGGGCACAGGCCCGUUCCAACGUGCGUAAAGUGACGCGUGCGAGCGGCCGCGGCGACGCGCGGCUUCCGCCUUGCGGCCGAUAUCGGGAGCUGGCUUUGAUUGGUGUUGGGUGUCGUGACCGUUCCGCCGGCGCAGCUAGCCGGCGUUUCCAGACGCGAUAUGUCCGGGGAGAAGAUACUGCGCGAGGAACACCGUCACCGAGCUUGGCUGGGCGAGGAUAUACCUGUGGACGGCGUCGCUCAGGACUCCCUCGCCGAGCUGAGAAGGCUCCUGGAAGAUGAGCCCGAGCUCGGGGCCCCGACCGACUCUGCGGACUUGCUUCGCUUCCUGCGACUCCGCAAGUAUGACGUCGGCGCCUCGUUGGAAGCGCUGAGAAAGUACUGCGCGAUUCGCGCCUCCUCAGCGAACAUAUUUGAAGGCCUCAAAGAUCCCGAGAAGUUGCGCAAGCUGACAAGGGAUUACAUCACGGUUCUGCCGCGAAGGAACCUCCAUGGACGGCCGGUCGUAUUCUACAAACUUGGUAGUUGGCAGCCGUCGAAGGUCAGCCACCUGGAGAUGACGCAGGCCGUGGUGAUGUGCAUCGAGUACGCGUCCAGGCAUCCAGCGGCUCAGACGGCGGGCGUUGCUCUAGUCACCGACUUCCAAGGCUGGUCCUUCGGCAAGAUGCGAUUCUUCGACAUUGGUGUCAUGAAGGACUACUUGCAUUACCUGCAGAAUUGCGCUCCCAUCUUAGCGAAUGAAGCUCACGUGAUCCGACAGCCAGCUGCCUUCAGUGUCUUGUUCGCGCUCAUGCGGCCUUUCAUGAGGGACGAGACCAUCAAUGCGAUAACGUUUCACGGGAAGCACGUCGAUCAGCUUUACGCUGACAUUUCUCCAAGCAUGCUCUUCUCAGAGUACGGAGGCACAGCACCGAACACAGAUUGGGACCUGUUCUGGACAAGCAUAUGCCAGGAGCACAGCGAGGGCAAAGCCGGUCGGCAGCUCUAGAAGCCAACUUAGCUUUAUGAUCAGAUUCUCUGUGCUACAACGCGAUGUUACAGGAGCGCCAAAUGACACCUGUUUCAAGCUGUGCGGACAUUUGCGGACGUGUUCACCUUCCCUAGAGGGCAAUCAAAGAAGGAAAAGGGAGGAAGUUCUGCGAGACGCACGUUCACGUUUAUACCCUGCUUUGCGGGCAAGAGUAAAUAGUGAGGGGAUGAGUUCAUCAUUUUCUGUUUUACCUUAUGACAAGGCGCGGACCGAGAGUAGUACCAAAGGGAGGCGGAGAAGGGGAGGGGGGGGAGAGGGAUGCGGAUUUAACGUGCUGCAUGCCCGCUCAAAUUUGUUAGCGCGCGAUUUUUUCUGGCCAACAUUUACAAAGAAUAAAUGCGUCAGAAGUGCCGACACGUCAUGAAACAGGGGUGCAAGAGGCCGUUAGGGGGGCCCUGGAUCUUUUGGAACUUCCGAUGAAAGUGCCCCGAUGAUCAUAGUCUACUGACGAAGACAAAACGCACUAUGAUUUUGACAUGUUUAUGCAGUUAAUUAAGAAGCAAAUGAAAAAAUAUACAAUGAAAGAGUCAAUUUUCACGAAGA